AUGGAUAUCCAAUCAUAUACUCCAAUUGCGCAACUAACUCCGCAACUUGCAUACCUUGGACAACAAUGGAUUAACACUGUAAUUGCUCUUGUAUGGCCCUACUGUUCCGCUACUGAUACUUUUUCAAUUUUACUCUCGGAACCCGACUUCAGACUUAGGAGAGCAGGGGGACAAGUGCGCGUAAAUUUUUCAGGUUCAAGUGCUCAUAUUAUUGCGAAGUCUGGGCUAAGUAGUGGAGAUAAAGUCACCCUAUGUCUAGACGGUGUGGAAUGGGUGUUGGAUCCCUCAGAGGUAAACGUUCCAGGAACCAGUAUCGUAUUUGAAUUAAAGUUCUGUGAGAAGUUAUAUCUUCACUACCAAUACGAUGGUGACAGCAGCAUUCAUGAGAUUAAACUUGAGAAAACUCACUCAAAUAGUAACACAAAUUCUUCCAUGCAGCGACAAAACUUGGAACUAAUUGAUCCAUCUACCAUGAAACUUCCUGGCGAAUCUUAUUCACAACCAAUAAUUAAUGAUAAAGAAAUACAUUCUUCUCCAGCGUUUGUUAGGAUAGCCAAGAUAUCACGUAGUUCGAUUUUUGACUCUGAUUACGACCCAUUCACAGAAGACGAUUUGACCACCACUGGCAAUGGAAGAAAAAGAAUACGUCUCAAUUCAGUCGGGUCACGUAGCUAUAGCUCGAUUGUAUUGGAGGCGGAGAAACUAAGUUUUCAAACCCCUUUAAGAGAAAUCGAACACAAAAAAAACUCUCAAUCACCUAUCUUGGACGAUAAUUGCCACACGGAUCAGGUUGAAAACGUUAUCAAAACUCGUAUGUUACAAUCAACAAGGCCAGAAAUUUCUAUUGAAAGCAAUCACAACCCUAUAAGAGACAGAGAAUUACACCUAAAACGCUCUAUCCCCAAGUCUCAGUCGCCUAAAACCUUACAAAGCUUAACCCCGACUGAUAACUAUCUCGUUAUUCUUUCGAACUCCGCUCCGAAACUUGAUACAUCUGGAGACCUUCCAAAUACUUCAAUACUGCUCAAUACAACGGAAACGGAAAUUUUCAAUUCUACCGUAACUUAUAAUGAGAAGCCAUUUUCAGAAGAACCAGAUAUUUUUACAACCAAUGAAAUCCAAGUAAAUGAAUCCAAGACACCAAAACAGCAAGAAAAUGACCGUGAAGACGAUAAUCCUGGUCUCAAACCACAAUUUUUGGACCAGAACAUGUCCAACUAUCCCCUUAGCUUAGCUUCCGCAGUGCUACAAGUAGGCAACCAACUCAUAAAGGAUGAAGAUUUAACAGAAUUUCAAAAACUAAAUAGCGCACAAACUAUGCCAAUAACUUCCAAACUAAUCUCGGCCUCAUCUAGUCAGGACAUAAACCUAUGUGAGGAGAAAACUGAAGAAAUGUCCCACUCUUUGAACACAAUUUCAGAUAUACAAACAAGCAGUAACUUUACUCGAGAUUCAAGUGUUAUAGAGCAGAUCUCUAGCCAAGAUAAGACUCCGGGUUUCAAAUUUACAAAAAAAUCUAGCCUAGAACAAAAGACUAGAGCAUUUAAUGACGCCUCAUCAUUUAUUUCUCAAUCUCAAGUAGAAAAUGCUUCACAGGGCUUCAAGAAAAAUAUCGAGCGCCAUUUAGUAAAUAGCAGCCCAGAUUCAGCUGAUGGGAAAUUUAGUGAAAUUCAAGCACUAGAAUCUGAUCAAGAUUCAAAGAAGGUUGAUAAAGAUUAUGACGAGCUAUCUAGUGAAGUUUCAGAUUAUGAUUACAAAACAGAAAUUGAAGAACGAGAGUAUUGUUCCGAAGUCCUUCUGCCUAUUAAUCUUGAUCAGGUAGAUGAUUGCCACUCGUCUGACUCCUAUUGGGGAUCAGAUAGUGAGAGGGUAUUUAUGUAUAGGGACGAGGACGAGGACGAGGACGAGGACGAGGAAGAGGAAGAGAUACAAAGAACUCCUGUUGUGAUUGAUCUCUUAUCCUCCGAUGAAGAAGAUGUCGUCAACCAUACUCAUAUAUUAGAGAGUGGUGAGGGAAGAAAGAUACUCUCAGAAGAACCACUCAAUCAAUUUCUUGAAGAAGUAGUCAGUGAUGAUGUCCCGACGCGAAAUAAAUACUUGAGAGCGCCUUAUUUGCCGACUCAAACAGAUGUGAGGCACGAUACUUAUGAGGAAAAAGAUACCUUGUCUCUUAAGUACGACGAUAAUAGUUUCGAGGGAUUCGAUAAUCAUAGUACUGCAUCCAAUGAAAUGCACGAGGAAUCAGACGAGCCUGCAGCGAUUAACGCUGACUUGUGGUCUCCGGAUGAAGAUAUAACUAAAUCUGAGACUUCGUCUUUCGUGGUGAGUUCAAACUGCCCAAUAGAGGUAAAAAGUUUAGGUAUAGAAAGUUGUGAAGCAGCCCAGCAUCUAGAGAUUUUCUCACCAGAAAUUAACGACAAUGCCAAGAACUAUACGUCAUCUUACCGUCAAUUCAGACAAGCAGGUGAUUUGAUAUGUUCCAGUGAGAAAUGUGAUAACACAUAUCCUCUAGAACAGAAAGAUGCGAUAGGUACUCAGCUAGACCUGAACUUGAGCACACAAAACUCUCCUUCAGCCAUUAGCUUGAGCCCGGACUUGUCAUUGCUGAGCGAAGGUGAUCUAAAAUUGCGCUUAAUCAGAAAGCUACGGAACGAUCUCCGUGAUUUAACUGCAUUGAAGCUUAUUCGGUACCGACAGAAUCAAAUCAUCGACAUUUUGGCCGUAGUAACAACGUCUCCUCUAUCCCCACAACGCACCAGGGGAGGACAAAAAGAUUACCGUCUUACAUUUAAUGUUACUGAUCCAACGAUAGCUCCAUGCAAUGUAGUACAAGUUCAGAUUUUUCGAUCUCACCAUGAAGCUCUGCCUAUCGUCGGGGUUGGUGAUGCAAUAUUACUCAGGAAUUUCCAAACGUUUAUUGAAAAAAAGAGAGUUAGUCUAAAAUCAACGAAUAAGGAAGGAAGCGGUUCCGCAGUAUUUAAGGGGGCAGGAGAGCCUGAAAUGAGGGGUACUCCAAUAGAGUUCGGCGACAGUGAAAAAGGAUAUGUUACCCAAAUAAGAACAUGGUUUGCUGGCCUUGAUGGCGUUGCUAAGGCCAAAAUUGCUCGUGCGAACGGGAAUAAACUGAAAAUAAGCGACGGGUGA